AUGGCGUACAAAUCGCUUCUCUUCGUCUGUUACGCACUUUGGUUGUCGAUGUUUUCAUCUCACCACACAAUGGCCGACGACUUGGAUGGAUUAAUCAACAUUGACGAAGACGAUUCGGGACCUCAGAAAGAAAGCACUGUAAUCAAUGAGCGAGUUGAAAGUGCUGAUGGUGAAGAAGACGGUGAAGAUGACUAUUCGGGCUCUGUUAUGUCGGAUGAGAGUGGUAGUGGUAGCGGUGAUGGAGGUGAUGAAACAACGACAGAUCCCAGUAUUGUGGAUGUAACAGUUGUGAGCCCAAGUGUUACCUCGACAACUGAGAUGGACAACGAGAUCACAGAAAGCACUUCAAAAUCCACGGUGGAGCCUGAAAACGUGUUCGGUGGUGGUGUGAAUACCGUUAGUAAUAAUUUCGCUACAGAGGAUUCUACUGAAGAGUCUCCAAAUGCCGAAGCACAAGGACAAGGGAGAAAGGGUGGAAAAGACAUGGUAGGUGAAAAGGUACCAAAAGUACUUACCACUGAAGUAAUUGCUGCUGUGGUUGUGGGAGCUGUUUGUGCUGUUAUACUCAUUGCAUUCCUCGUUUAUCGGCUCCGAAAGAGAGAUGAAGGCAGCUAUGCCCUAAGUGAUGGUGGCUAUAAAGACACCUACAAGUUACAAGCCGAUACGGGAAAAGAAGCGUUCGUUUGA